AGGUGGAGGAGUCACGUGGUCAGAUAUUGUCAUCGCGGAGUUCCUGGAACAAACAAAACAAACGACAGCUGACCAGCCGAAUGGACGAGCACCGCCUGUCAGCCGCCGCGACGUGUGGAAACCUCUUGUUGACAAUGUCAGCGACGACACGGACACCCCGUUAGAGCCGCUGGUGGAUUCAUGACGAAGCAGGGAAGGCGGUGGAGCACUCAGACAGUUAGCUGCUAGCUUAGCCUAGCCUUGGCAGAGCGUCCUCUUUGGGGGUGGACUUUCGUUUUCCAGGAAUGUGUUCAGUGUUUACGAUAACAUCCAUGCUAGCUGCUGCCUUGCUGUUCUCCGGGGCUGCCUCUUCUCGGCGGGUCUUAUCCGAGGGGUUUGUUUACAGACACUGACCGUCUUUAUCUGGACCCUGCAGCCUCCGGGUGCUUAUCACAGGAGGCGCUCACUUGCUGCUCCAGCUUGUUUAUUAUGGUGGUUAUUUGUUUAUGUGGGUACAGCGCAUGUACUUUAUAUGUGAGAAGCCUCGGUCCGCUGUAUGUCAGUGGGAUCUGACGUGCGAGGAAAGCUGAGAUGAGCUUUAACUAAAGAUGGAGGCUGUGAGACCAAAGAAGACCAAGGCCAAAACCAGCGGAAAGUCUCAGCUGAUCCGGAAGCAGAGGCAAUCAGAUGAAGAAAAAAGAGCCGCCGCUCCUUCAGCAGUGUGUGAUGAGGCCUCCACCACUGGCUUCACUGACAUCCCCCUCAGUCUGCCCUACCAGGAGCCAGAGAAGGAGCAGCAGGAGCCUGGUCAGCUCCCUGAGACCACAGCACAGCAGGUCGAUCUGCCCUCUGACAAACAGAAGAGCUCCUCAUCGCAGACUUUAUCCACUUCUGUGUUAACUCCGACUUUACAGUCAUCUCUCAGCUUGUCAGCAGAGACGUCACAGGGUACAGAGCAUCUGAAGGAGUCAGAAAAUGAGAAAGAGGACCAUAACAGAGUUGCAGCUCAGGCGGCUGAACUUCAAGCUGUGCCGCACAGCACUGAGCUGGGAAGAGAACCACAAUCAUGGAGUCAGUCUUGUGCUUCAACUCAGUUUGAGGUUCCAAGUGCCCCUGCCCUGUACCCAUCUCUUCCUGCACUGGAGGAGGGUCCUGUGAUGCAGCUCAAUGUGCAAACUGUGAAAACUGUUGCAAAGGGACCUGCAGUGCUGGCGCUGCCUGAGCAGGAAUCUUCUCCUCCGAGCUUGGAGCCUCUGGAGUCUGUGGCUGAACUUUCCAGGAGCAAGCUUUACCCAGAAAUACCCAAGACAGCUCCAGAAAUUCAGCCAUUCUCACUGGAGCAGCUGAGCGUGUGGGAGCAGGCUGGAGGUUUGCGAGCAUGGUUAGAAGGUGUCGAAGUGUGUGCAGCCCAGUUCUGCGCUCUGGCUCGGCAGGAGAACCAUGAACUUACUGAACUGCUGCAGAAUUACUGGCGCUGUCGCAGACAGCUGACCCAGUCUCACACGCAGCUACACACACAGACAUCGGACUGCAAGAGCACGCAGAACCGACUCUGGAGCUUCAGAGAUGAACAGCUCACACUUCAGGAUGUGUGUGCAGACCAGUCUAAGGUGUGUGGGUACCACCGCUUCCAGCAGGCAGAUUUCAGUCAGAGUGUGUUGGCUGAGCUGAGCAGACUGCUCGAAAACCGCAGUGAGCUGCUCCAUCAGAAGGUGGCGCUGCAUGCAUAUACUGCUCUGCUGUCACGCCUACAGGUGGAAUCCUACUUGUAUCGUCUCCUGAAAGAUUGUUCCGGCAGCCAAAAACAGCCUUGUUCUCUACAGACCCUGAAAGAGGCCAUUAGUGUCCUGUUUAGCUUCACACGCAGAGUCCUUGAUGACACACAGUUCCAAACAGAUAUCCACCACUGGCUGGAGAGAUUGGUGGCCGUCCUGCUGCAUGUUAGGGGGUCAGGAGAGCAUCUUUUCCUGCUGUGUCAUCUUCUCUGCUGUCCUGCUGGAGUUGGGAAGUGGUCGGCACCCUUCCUUCAGAUUCAAGUUUUGGGAAACACCUGUGGAGUGCAGCACUUCAUGCAAGCUCUGGCCAUCCUAAUGUCACCUUCCAGACACCGUGCGGAGUUUCUGGGCCACAUGAAGCCAUGUGAGAGUCAGGGCUCCUCAGCUUCUGGACCCGAGUCUGGAAACUGGACCCUAGUGGACGAAGGUGGUGAGGAAGACGAGGAUCCAGAGAGCAGCUGGCUGCUGCUCUGUGAAGAGGACCUGAUCUCCUUACUGACCCAGUUCCCCUUCCAGCAGCUCUACUCACACAUGCUUGGCAUGAGCAAGCAGGGUGUGUAUGAGCCUCAGGCCUACUCCAGUCAGAAGAUGAUGCGUUUGUUUGCCUUUGCUUCCUCUCUCAUCGAAAUCCUGGCACUCGGACUUCAAACCUACAACAGCGCGCGAUACAGACAACUGGUCAAACGAAUAGGACACAUCAUACGAAUGACAGUGUGUUAUGUGAGUGAUCACUGGGCCCAGUAUGUGACUGUGGUUGGUGCAGCUGGAUCCAGCUCUCAUAUGCACUCUCUGUCUUUGGACAAGCUGCAGCUGGAAUAUGAUCAUCUUUUCCUCAGAGCUGUUUUACAUGUACUCAGAAACAAAAGGUUGGGGAUUUGGUUGUUCAUGUCUGAGAUGCCCUACGGGACUUUGUCGAGCUCAAUGCUGUGGAAGGUGCUUUACGUCAUGCAGCGCGCAGAGACAGCAGGACAAGGAACCCUCAGCGCUGCACCUGACACACACACCUGCGUUCAGUCGCUCAGAGACCCAGAGCACCAGGUGAGAUUUGAGCAGUGGCUGUGUGAGGUGAACAGCUCGGAUGGUAUCUCCCUCCUCACUGCGCUAGCACACAUGGCUACAUCCACUCAGCACUGUGACCCCACCUUUAUCACUACAAUCACUCUGCUGAUUUACCAGGUGGCCUAUGUGAGCACGUCUACCAGAGAAAUAUACUCUAAGGUGGGCAGGGAGUUGCUGGCUGCCAUAGCAAUUGCCCAUCCCUAUGUUAUUUCUGUGCUCCUGGAAAAACUCAGAGAGACGAUACAGACUGUAGGAAUGGUGGCUCUAUACCUGUGCAAAGAGCUGCCCCUGAGUCUGUGGCAGCCGCUGCAGGAGGAGAUAUGUGUGAUCGGAGCCUGGCUGCUCCAUCAUCCUCUGUCUGCUGUGGAGAACCGGCUGGCCUGUGUUAUCCUGGAGGGUCUGAACUGGGGCUACGCACAGGAUGGCUCCUUGGCCCUGUCUUCGUCUAUCCACAGUGAAGUGGCUCUGCUAGUGGCGGAAGCUUAUCAGAAGUACCUUACUGACAAACCAUACAGUGGCCUCAUAUCAGAGGGCAUCAAACAGGUGUCUUACCUUGCCAGUGUCCUUCGCCUGGGUGUAUCGCCUGAAGCAUCCUUCAGUCAGUGGGCAUGGCAGCUGCUGUUAAGGCUGAAGCUCCAUGGCAAUGCUCAGAGUCCUAAAGGAGCCUGGUCAGGUCCUGCUCUGGCGUCCAACCCACCUCCAGAGCUGACGCACACUCCCAGCAUGCAUCCUGUUCUCAGGGCUGUAAAAUCAGGCCUCCCAAUUGGAUGCUACCUUUCCAUUGCCAUGACAACCGUGGGACACAGCCUUGAGCACUUUUGUACUGAUGGAGUCGGGCUGUUGAAGAGUCUGAUUCAGUCUCGACACCUGAAAGCUGCUGUGCAUCUGCUGGACAACAUUCUACCCCCAACGUACCCGCUCAGCUUUUACCUGCUCAACAACUCUCAGUUUGUAAGUUGCAUGCAGCUGUUCCUGCAGUACGACAGCGUGUGUCCUCAAGGUGUGACGCAGCAGGUCACCCACCGGGUCGCACCGCUGCUCACAGGAACCACCUACGGAGACAACGUCAGACUGCUGAACAGUGUCAUUCAGAGUCACAUUGGGGAGAGUUCACAGCCCGGUCGUGUCGGACCUGCAGCAGUGCUGGAGUUUUGGGUGGGAAUUCUGACUCAGCAGAACCUGUGGUACCGAGACAAAACCACCCUGUUCCUCAUGGAUCAGAUCUGCUGUGCUGCAUUCACACACCACCAGGAGGAAUGUGUCCAGAAACUCCUCUACCAGCAGCAUAAGAAUGCCUUGGGUUACCAUGGGGAUCGGGGUCUGCUCUCAUCUCUAGUUGGCUGGAUAGCUGGAAACGCCACGCCCUCCUUCAUAGAGGGCCAAUCCCUGAGUGCAGAGGUUUGGUUCGCCUGGCUUGUGCUAAACAUGGAGGGAGUGUUUGAAGAAGAUUCUCAGCUGAGACGCUGUGUUGAACAUGAGCUCUUGUCAGAGCCAAGCAUCUCCCCAGAACAAGCCUUAAAGAGGGCGCAGCAGAGGCUGAAGUUGCCGGUAGCUCCAUCUCUGCAGCGGCUGCAGGUGUACCGCUGGGCGUGUCAGGCUUUAGUCACGCCCCCUGACCACCCACUCCUUCCUAUGAUCUGGCAGAAGUUCCUGCAGCUCUUCCUCAGACAGCCUGGGCCUGAGUACGGGCUUGCUGCAGACGGAUGUAUCGGGCGAAGGUUCUUCCAGGCUUCAUCUCAUGCGCCGUUACUCAGAGAUUUGAGACAGAGAAUACAAGUUGUGUCAGACUUCCAUCAUGCUGCUAGUCAGGCCCUCAGAGUGCCCCCGCUGCACACACCCUCAUCAGACAGCCAGGUUGACGAAACCCCCGACAAUCCCCAUCCUCCUUACCUCACCUCUCCUCAGCUACACACAGAGCUGGUCAGGUUGUUUGGCGUAUUCGCUGUGUGGUUGGAUGACGAGACUCUGCUGAAGCAGGAAGUUUACAUCCCCUCCCUUCCUGCGGAAUAUGAUCCUCACAGACUGGCACAGGUCAUGCAGCGGCAUCAGGAAAUGUGGCUUGAGUAUGUGGACCAGGAACGUGUGCAGUAUGAUGAGAGGGAGAUUUUGUCUCUGUGGGAGAAGGUGCAGAGUGAGCCAACGUUCCUACAGGCUCAAACCCCCGGUUUCACAGACUACACCAGCCCCAACAAUGCUCGGGAGCGUAUCCUGUCCAACCUGCAGAAGCAUCCAAUACCUCGACCAGCUCCAGAGCUGCAGCAGCAGAAGGCUCCAGUGGCUGAGGUACCAACCACCUGCUUCACUGACUCUAAAGCUGCUGUUGAGCUAAUGAAGCAGGACCUCUGCAUUCUGCAAGACCAGGCUAGGACUGCAGUGGCGAGUGAAGCCCAGCAGGUGGCGAUGGAGCAGGAACUUCUGGAAAGCCUCCCUCUUCUGUAUAAGAACCGAUCAGAGCAGGUCACCAUGGCCCUGGAGUGUAAAGGAAAGGGAGGGAUGCCAUGCCAGGGACCUGCAAACAUCACCGUCACAUGUGAGUGUGUGCAGAGACAGGAGGCAGUACAGACUCAGAUAACAUCCCUGCGCAGGGACAUCAAAAAACUCCAAACCGACGCCAUGGCUCCUCCUCCUCAAAGUCUGGCUCAGGCUGCGGUUCACACUGAGAACUUUAUCACGGGUCUGGUGAAUAUGUACAAGGCACAGAAGUCUCCUGCGGUGCAGCAUGUCGGCGUGUCAGCCUUUUACCAGGUGGUCUCCUUUGUGUGUGAGGACACACUGCGACAUCCUCCAACACGCCAGUACCUCUCCUCCUGUGUGGAGAUACUGGGACAGGUGUUUAUCCAAGGCAACGCAGACGAGUGCGGUCGUCUCCUGAAGACCAUCCUGGAAGAGCGGCGUCUUUGCCCCCUCAUUUCCCCCUUCUUCACCCCGAACACUGCGCCCGAUCAGCUCGUCUUCCUCUACCAGGACGUGGUGACUUCCCUACAGCUCGACAGCGCUGACGUCAUUUUCAUGCUCCUCACGAAGUUCGACUUGUUCCAGUGGCUGAGUGAAGCCCAUCCUGUGUUUUCGGAGAGAACCCGCUUGCUGGAGCUGAUCCACGGAGCGCUCUGCGUGUGCGGCAAAGAUCCGGAGCCCGAACUCCUAACACCUUUUCACCUUUUCGCCAAACACUGGACGUGGCUGCUGCGCCACCAUUUCCCUGAUCACUACAGUGACUGCCUGCGGCUGCUUAUGACCAGCUCGUCAAACCAGUUACUGAGUCCAGAGUGCUGGAGGGUGACUCUGCGAGUGCUGGGCUGUUUGCCUCCGUCCCGCAGCUCAAAGAGCAAAGCCGAACAAGCCCUCGGCACCCCCGAUGUCCCCGGCCGUGCUGUCGGGGCCCAAGCGUCUUCCUACAGAUCCACCGUCAGCCUCUCUCCUCAGCAGGUGGACGAGACAGUUGACUGGCUCAGUGAUUACUUCCUGCGGAGUCGUCUCAGUAAGCCAGACCUCCGCAGCUUCGGACUCUACUCUGCCUGGACUCCGUACAUCACUGAGGUCGUUUCCUUCUGGGAUUAUUUGAUUAGUUGUCUAAUCAAUGUGCAGCUCAUAGCCUGUGCCAGAGAGUCAGUGGGCAGCAGCAGAACAAUAAAAGCUCUGCAGGACCUGCACAGUAAGAUUGUGAAGUUAUUCAAGCCGUGGAUCUUUCCUGUGGACACAGAUGACGGCGGCAAUCUCAGGUGUUACCCGUGGCUGGAGACCGAUGCGAGUGCAGCAGCCGGUCUGGUUGGACUGUACGCUCAACUCACUGACACGCUGCAUCACAGAUUCAGAGAUCGUCUGCUCCCUGGUCAGAGAGGGACUCUGUGGCUGUGUAUGAUGCAGUACUGUGAGAGCUGCACCUCGCCCCGGACACCCGAGUACCUUCUCUACCUGUACCACACACACCUCCACAGCCUGCCCUGGAGAUACCUGCACCCUGACACUCGGCUCAUGGAGCAGCUCUUCAAUGUGGAGAGAGGAAGUCCCAAGAGCUGCUUCUUGUUUAUAGGAGAAGUGUUGUGUGGGGUGAACUGGAUCAGCGUCCUGAGUGACCACUUACAAACACCUUCUGCAUCCACAACAUAUCCAGCUUUACCAGAAAUGCACCCUCAGAAGGAGUCCCACACCAUGUUAGUCUAUCUGCUGUACAUGCUGGUGUUUCUGGCAAAGGAGGAACAGCUCCUGAGUCAACAGGACUCCCCUCUGCUCGGCCUGUUGGUCCAGUCCUCCUCUCUGCCCUGGCAUCAACUGGACCUGUCCUCAUACCAAGGCAUUCUGGGAUAUGUCAGCACCCACUACCCCCCCUCUUUGCUGCUCAGCACUGAAUCUGCCCCUCAGCUGCUGUUGAAGUCGCUGCGCAGUGCUGCCGGGCUUCACCCUCUCUCCAAUGAAGCUCCACACCGGGAGGAGACACCGAAGGCCAGAGCAUACGUGUGCUGGUGUGUGCAGACUUUGACGACUCUGGAACAAGGAGGCAGCAUCCCUCUCAUCAGCCUGGAGGCUCAGCUGGAGACUCUUCUGGAGGGCAUCGUCACAUUCAACCCACCAGACACGGAUUUGGAGCAGAGACACAUGGCGUUCUGCAGCCUCUUCAGCGACACCCUGGCUUUGCUGAAUGGCGUUGGCGUUUCAACGGGGGAGGCACUCGCUGCUCAUGUCAUUGCCUGGCUGGACCGGAAGGGGAGGGGUUUCCCUAUUCUGCCUCUUCUCACAGCUUGCACUCGUUGUCUCGCUUCGGUACGGCACAUGACACGCAUCAUGGAGGCAUCCAUCACAGCGUACUUCAACCAUGCUGAUGAGGAGUCUGUCGGUUGGGGUCCCGUGUUGGCGUCUCUGCAGGUCCCUGAGCUCACUGUGGAUGACUUCCUGUCUGAGAGCCAAUCAGGAGGCAGCUUCCUGACGCUCUAUGCCUUCGUCCUACAGCGCCUUAACUCUGAAUACACAGCAGCCAAUGAGAGACGGACUCUGGCUCUAAUUAACUCAUGGACCAAUCAGGUCUUCCCAAGUGGUCCAGGGGACGAAGCCAAGCUGUUUCUGUGGUGGCACAAAGCACUGAACCUAUCAGUGGAGCAGCUGCAGCCACAGGCCGGCCUGACUGAGGUGUCGGGAAUCGUCUUGGGUCUGUUGAGGUUGCAAACCAGGCUGCUGCAGCUGGGAGAGGAAAGGCUGAACUCUGGGCUGCUGGGUGCAAUUGGCCUGGGGAAGAGGUCUCCAGUUUCUAAUAGGUUCAGGGUGGUGGUACGCAGUCUGGCAGCGUUCCUGUCAGUCCAGAUACCAUCAGAGUCCGAGCUUCGACUCCAACCCACCAGUGACUUGCAGCUCUCUGCGAAAGCACAGCAAACGUUGGGUAUGUUGGAGGCGAUGUGCAGCAAUAAGCAGUACGCCGAGUGGGAGGACUCUGUGAAUAAGGCCGUCCAGUUCAUCCGCUACCCAGGACACUGUCUCAAAGAUGCACCCCGACUGCUGGCCCUGCUUGCCAACCUCCUGUACCCUGAACUCAGAUACCUGCACAUCAUCCGUUGAAACUGACUUAACCAGACACGUAUGCUGGAGACUGGGAGGAUGUGACCUUUCUGUGACAAAUACAAUGACAGUAAACGUCUGCUCUGCACAGACACAAAUCAUGCUGGUGCACAAAGUUUCCAAGUAGUUGCAGUGGUACUGAAAUGCUUUUACUAUUAUAUCAGAAAGUGCAACAAGAGCAAGGGCUCUGUGAGACAGAAAGUGACUGUUCCUCAAAGCUUGCUGUGCAUUCAUCAAACAAAACAUCUUUUGCCUGAUAAAGUACAGACUACAGUGAACGAAUCAACCAGCCAAUCAGGAGCCCAAGAAAUGUCAUGUGCUGACCUCGGACUAGUUCUCACUCUAUGGUUCUCACACAUUCUCUUCUUCCCUCGUGUUCACGCUUUGUUGCUUUUUAAACAAGUUUUAAACAGCAUCCGUUCUGUUCUCAAUUUGAGAGAAUGUUGCACAUAUUUAUUGAAGCAGAAUUCAUGAAGCAGAAUUCAGCUCCGUACUUCAGGUGUCAAUUUCACACCUGUAUGUGGAAUCUCACAUAAAAAAGUUGAAGGGUCCACAAAUUAUUUGGAGGAAGUUGACGGACAGGUCUAAUAGGUUUAUUACUUUAGUAGUACCUUCUUAAAAUGUUGAGGGGAGGACUACCGGGGGGGGGGGGGGGUCAAUAACUGAGCUACAAUCUGAAACAUCUCAAUCCUCAGUACUGUAUACAGAUGAAAACAGUGUCUGCCUGUAUGAAGUGAAGUGAUGUCUAGUUCCAGAACGUUUGCCAGUAUCAUGUUUAUGUUCAGCCAAUAGUGCUUUGCUUGUUUCUGCCAAAGACAUUUGUUUUUAUCUGCUCAGAUGCUUAAACCCUUUUGACCACGUGCCCACCACCUGUGUUUGUAAGGUUCAAAAAGCACACACACUAGGAAAUACACCAGACAAUAGUUAAAAAGUGCUACACCACUCGGCUUCCUUAUAAAGUAAUCUGUGCCCUGUGAUACAAAAUACUAAUUCCAAUGGAAUUGGUAAAUAUCUAUAUCUGGACUUAUACAGACGCAUAUGGGGGCAUUUGAGGAUAAAGGCAGAGUGUAAUCUAGAUUGAGCUGACACCAAGAAUUCAUAUUUUAAUUACCCAUGUCAUUUUGCCUCCUUUGUUGCUCUGUGCCGUCUCAAUAAUAACUCUGCUGCACCUCUGCAGCCUGAA